AUUAACUGAAUGUGUUAAAUAAAAAUUAGAUCAUCAAUGGAUCAAAUUUUCAACAAUCUUUCAAUCAGUUAACCUUUUUAAACAGAAAAUGUUUAAUUAGAAUGACGAUCAAUAUGUAAAAGUGUAAACAUGUUAAGUAACAAUUGUGAUUGUGAUUAAUUGUGUGAAUGUCUUUCAAUUUCAACAGGAUAAAUUGUUCACCCAAAUGAUUAUCUUAUUAAUAUCGAUUCGAUUAACUGGUUUACUAUUCUAUUAUGUGGUCAAUAGUUUUGGUUUCAAUGGUUUCGUUUCUCAUUUUCUUAGGCCUAAUAUCAUGUCUAUAGAUUUUCCCGUUGGCCUGAUUGGUGGUUGGUGUCGGGUUUUUGAUUAUACGUCGUUGUUUGUGUCCACUCUGUGAUCUUCUGGAAUCAAUGGUAAAUUUCAACGUAAUUGGAUGGAAACAUGUAUCAGGUAUCAUAGGACAAGGCGCAGGUACAUAACCCAUGAUAACAGAUUGUUGAUCGAGAGCGCAGGUUACUACGAAAAAAUCAAAAUCGAUCCAACUUGUGGCCUGGUCUUUACACAUUCUUCACAUACACACUCUCCUGAAUUCUUGUUCAUCUUCCUCUAUCUAUCUCUGUGUAUAUUGUUCAUCUAAUAACAAGUAUAAACAAGGGAAAAAGUGAACAUCAUCCUCUUAGAAUCGAGAGAGAGAGAGAAGGCAAAAGAAAGUAAAAGAGGAGAAAAAGAUUUUUCGACGAAAAACUCGAACAGAAAAGAAUAAGAUUUUUUUUCUUCUUCUUCUUCUCCAUUAUUAACGUUAAGAUCUUCUUCUUUUCCAUCUUAAACCAAGAGAAAAACAAAAGGCAGAGGAGGAAAAAAAUUCUGCAAAACUGUAACAUCAUCUCCAUCAUCUCCAUCAUAAUCAUCUGCAGAAAUAUCAUCAACAUUUAUCUGUCUAUUCCAUCAUCAUCUUCUUGCGUCAAAUUUUGUUUCUCAUCGAAAGAAUUAUCCAACUCAUCUUAUAUUAAUUCUUCCAAAAUUCGUCACAUUAUUUCAUCAUCAUUAUUCUUAUUCUCAUCUACUUAAGUGUUCACCCAACAUCUCAAAUCUCCUCUACGAUAAUUACUCUGUGCUCUUCCAAAUAAACUUGUAUCAUCAAUCUCAACACUGGACAUCACAAUCUGCCGGACGAAGCAACUUAACAACCCAAGUAACGAUAUUAACAUAAAUUAACAAUCAAAUUGACCAGAUUGUUAUCCGAUUUUGUGUCUUUCCAAGUUCAUCACAAUCAACAACAUUAACCAGUGACAAAAAUCAACAACAUCAUCAUCAUCAUGAGUAAAAUUGUUGAUCUAAAUGUUGGUGGAGUUUAUUAUUCAACAUCACUGGAAACACUUCAACGUGAACCAGAAUCACUAUUUACCAAAUUGUUUACCGUUUCAGAGUCUUCCAAGUUGAUUAAGGAUUCCCAGGGUCGUUAUUUCAUCGAUCGUGAUGGUCACUUAUUCCGUUAUAUUAUUGAAUAUCUUCGUAACGAUUGUAAACUGAUACUACCCGACAAUUUCAAUGAACGAGAUCGACUUAAAUGUGAAUCAGAUCAUUUCCAAUUGAAUCGACUCUCGAAAUCAAUUGCCUCAGCUCCACCGGGAAACCUUAAGCCUCUUUCCCUUGUUCCCUCUUUAACUUCACCAAACGUAUCAUCUUCCUCAUCGUCAACAUCACCGACAACAAUUAGCACUUCAUCAUCAUCAAUAGUAGUUAAUUCAACCAAUAAUCAACCAGCUAAUCCUUCACAUUCCCCCAUCUCAACGGUUCCAGGUCAAAUUUCUGGUUACAUUACAAUCGGUUAUCGUGGGUCAUUUGGUUUCGGUAAAGAUGGACUGGCUGAUGUUAAAUUCAGAAAGUUAACUCGUAUCCUUGUCGCUGGUAAGGUCAUUUUGUGUCGUGAGGUUUUUGGGGACACACUGAACGAAUCUCGGGAUCCCGAUCAUACCGCUGGACAAGAUAGGUACACUUCCCGUUUCUAUUUGAAACAUCAGAUACUUGAACAAGCAUUUGACGCGCUGAUGGAAAAUGGUUUCCGAUGUGUCGCUUCUUGUGGUUCGGGCACUUCGGGUGGGGAUUCACUUAAACCCGGUGUUGAUGCAGAGGAGAAUCGUUGGAAUCACUACAAUGAAUUUGUCUUCACUAGACCUUAAGGAUAAUAAUAAUAAUAAUAAUUAUAACAAUUAACUAAUUAUCAAUUUAAAAAUUAUCUUGUUGAAAAUGAGAAUCAUCAAAAUUAUUGAAAAGUGUUAAAAUGAAUCAAAUCAUUUCAAUCUUAUCAAAUCAAAUAAGACUCAAAAGGAUCUGAUCAAUUAACAACAAUUUAAAAUAUUAUUACAAACAUAAUUAAUGUUUGUGUUGAGGAAACAAUCAAAUCAAGACCAAUAAUCUUAAUUACCGAUGUAUUAUCUUUAUCAAAUUAUCAAAUUAUCAUUACAAAUAUUGAUUUUCUUCCUGUUUGUCAAAAUAUUUUCAAACCUUUUCAUCAUCUUCCUGAACAAUUAACUAAUUAACUACUACAUUAUACUAAUAAUUAUCAAUUAACUUUGCUUAAUGAAUCGUUUUCGCUGUUUGUAACAAUAUAAUUACCAAUCUUAAUCAAUUCUAAUCACUUUAAUCACACAAUAAGAUAAUAAUAAUUUAUCAUUUUGAAUUUUAUUGCAGAAACAAAUAAUCAAUUCUAAUCAUUAUCAAUAUCAUUUUAAAUGAAGCAAAUGUUACAAACUCUGUACACUUAAUAUACAUUGUUAAUAAUUAAUAAUCUUAAUCAUUGUUGUCCUUUUCCCCCUUUUUAAUUGAUCUAAAUCAUCUUUUAAUCAACUUGAUUAAUCUUCAAGUAUAAUGAUACAAAUCUUAUUUCAAAGUGUAAGAAUUAGAUUUGAUUUAAUGUAAUAAUAUCACUAUACAAUUAUUAUCAAUUAUUAUUGUUGUUUUGAUUUAAUCUUGGGAUCACAAUGAUUAGCUGAUGAUGUUGAUCAAUAAUUAAUUAAUAUACAAAACCUUAAAUUGCAACAAUUAAGUGUCAAACAAAAGUGAAGUAGCUUCCAUGAGGCUUAUUAUUAAUUUAAUUGUUUCUCUUUCUGUUAUAAUAAUAAUAAUCAAUUUUCAGCAUUUUCCUGGACUUUAUUUUUCACCUAAUUAACUUGAUUCAACAUUAAUCAACACACAAUAAUCAAUUACAAUUAUUAUUUUUCAUUAAAUUGUUAUCAUCUCUC